GAGAAGACGUCCUGACAUUAGGAUGGCUCUAUCUCUGGGGCCAAGAGUACCAACAAGCCAGGCCCUGGAUCCCAGCUGCAUGGAUACCCCAGCCUCACCCAGCAGGUGGGACAGCUCCCAGAACAGCACCUCUAGCCUGGCACAACUUCCACUCAUCAGCCUUACGGGAACUUGGGCUACUGCCUCGGCCCCCUUCCCCACGGUCAAUGUUCCAGACCAUGCCCACUACACUCUGGGCACCGUGAUCCUGCUGGUGGGACUCACAGGGAUGCUGGGCAACCUGACAGUCAUCUAUACCUUCUGCAGGAGCAGAAGCCUCAGGACACCUGCCAACAUGUUCAUUAUCAACCUUGCGGUGAGCGACUUCCUCAUGUCCUUCACCCAGACCCCUGUCUUCUUCGCCAGCAGCCUCUACAAACAGUGGCUCUUUGGGGAGGCAGGCUGUGAGUUCUACGCCUUCUGUGGAGCUCUCUUUGGCAUCACCUCCAUGAUCACCCUGACAGCCAUCGCCCUGGACCGAUACCUGGUGAUCACGCGUCCACUGGCCACCAUCGGGGUGGUUUCCAAGAGGAGGGUAGCACUUGUUCUGCUGGGUGUCUGGCUUUAUUCCCUGGCCUGGAGCCUGCCGCCCUUCUUUGGCUGGAGUGCCUAUGUGCCUGAGGGGCUGCUGACCUCCUGCUCCUGGGACUACAUGCGCUUCACGCCGUCGUUCCGUGCCUACACCAUGUUACUCUUCUGCUUUGUGUUCUUCUUGCCCCUGCUUGUCAUCAUCUACUGCUACAUCUUCAUCUUCAGAGCCAUCCGGGAGACAGGCCAGGCUCUCCAGACUUUCAGGGCCUGCGAAGGCAGUUGUGAUUUCCCCCGGCAACAGCAGCGGCUGCAGAGCGAGUGGAAGAUGGCCAAGAUCAUACUGCUGGUCAUCCUUCUCUUCGUGCUCUCCUGGGCUCCCUACUCCACCGUGGCCCUGAUGGCCUUUGCUGGGUACGCGCAUGUCCUAACGCCCUACAUGAACUCAGUGCCAGCCGUCAUCGCAAAGGCCUCUGCCAUCCACAACCCCAUCAUUUAUGCCAUCACUCAUCCAAAGUACAGAAUGGCCAUCGCCCAGCACCUGCCCUGCUUGAGGGUGCUCUUGGGUGUGUCAGGGCAGCGUGAUCGCCCAUAUACCAGCUACCGCUCCACCCACCGCUCCACACUCAGCAGUCAGAUCUCAGACCUUAGCUGGGUCUCCAGACGCAGGCGCCAGGCAUCGCUGGGCUCCGAGAGUGAGGUGGGCUGGACAGACACAGAGGUGGCAGCUGUUUGGGGGACUAUGAGUGGACACUUCCCCUGUGGUCAAGGCCUGGACGACAUGGAAGCCAAAGCUGCCCACAAUCCCCGAGGUCUAGAAGCUGAGACUCCUGGGAAGAUCAAGGGGCUACUCCCCAGCCUGGACCCCCAGAUGUAGGGUCCUCAUUGGCUCUUCUUUCUUCUGGGAUACAUCCAGCCUCCUCAAGUCACCCUGAGGCACACAAACCCAGGAUUUUCCCUGUCAGCCUGUGGGCUUUGGGAUCCAGCCUGCUGUGUCAGAGUCACGGCCCCACCUUAUGGAACUCCCUCCCGGCAAAAAGGUCUGCACAUACUUCUCAUCUCGGCAGCCUGAACCCCAGGCUCAACCUGAAGAGGGGGAGCUCAGGUCCCUCCAUCCCCCAAGAGUCACCCUCCUCUCCUCAAAUGCUAUGUGCUGUGAUUGUCCAGGCCAUGACAAUGGCGACAUCUCUGAAGGACAAAUCAGCUAUUUUGGAGCUCUCUCUGCAUCUGGGCUGGAAGCUCCCUGGCAUGGAAAGCCAGCAUCGUGUCUCCCACAGCUGGUUGUCAGAGUCAAGCUUCAUGUGGUGGAAAAUUUUACCUCUUGCCUCUUCCCCCAAAAUACCAUUUCCACACUGACACACACAGUCUUAUGUACACAUACAUUUGGAGCAUACUCUUCUGUAUGUAUUUGCAUGCACACCAAGCACAUAUGCACACACGCUGCACCUGUGGUUUGUUUGUAAUCAGUGGACCCCAGAAUUUGUGUGUCUCUGACAUUGUACAGGAAAAUAAAAAGCCUUG